AUGAAGCAAGUCGAUGGUAAAGAGGUAGCUUUUCAUAACAGUCGUGAAAAGGGCGUAUGGAUCGUGGUUCAUGGCGAGUCAUUCAUGAACCACUCCAGAACUUUGUCUCCCACUGACCAAAAAUACGCAGGAAAAGACGCCACGGAAGAAUAUGAACCUAUUCAUCCUCCAGAUGCUAUCAAAGAUAACCUGGAUCCAUCAAAACAUCUUGGACCUGUCAUACCUGGUACUCUCCCAAAACCUCAAACUAUAUCACCUUCUCCUGCCCCAGCGGCUGUCCAAGUUCCUCAAAAGCGCGCGGGAGGUACGAACGAUACUCUACCAGAAGAAUAUGUAAAACCGUCUUUAGAGGAGAUAUUGAGUUUGCACGAUUUCGAAGCUGUGGCCAGAAGGACCAUGUCGAGAAGAGGAUGGAAUUACUACUCAUCAGGGGCAGACGAUGAGAUUACAAUGCGGGAAAACCAUAAUGCUUUUCACCGGGUUUGGUUCCGACCACGGGUCUUACGAGACGUUAGCAAAGUUGAUUACUCCACAUCAAUCUUUGGGUUCAAGACCAGUAUGCCGAUUUACAUCACUGCUACCGCUUUAGGCAAACUUGGACAUCCUGAAGGAGAAGUCUGUCUUACAAAAGCUGCAGCAGAACAUGAUGUCAUACAAAUGAUUCCCACAUUAGCCAGCUGUUCAUUCGACGAAAUGGUCGAUGCUGCCAAACCUGGCCAAGUACAGUUUUUGCAGCUAUACGUUAACGCCGAUCGAACGCGGACGAAAAAGAUUAUUUCGCACGCUGCGGAAAGAGGAGUGAAAGCAUUGUUUAUCACUGUUGAUGCUCCCCAACUUGGUAGACGAGAAAAGGAUAUGAGGACGAAAUUCGAAGGUACCGCUUCGGCCCAACAAGCUGCUGGUAAAGACAAUUUCCGGAGAGAUCAAGGUGCUGCAAGGGCAAUAUCAUCAUUUAUCGACCCUUCGUUGAGUUGGAAAGAUUUGAAAGAGUUGAAGGAGGCUGCAAAAGGGAUGAAAGUGGUUUUGAAGGGUGUCCAAUGUUGGGAAGAUGCAGUUUUGGCUGCUCAACACGGUAUGGAUGGGAUUGUGUUGUCCAAUCAUGGUGGACGUCAAUUAGAUUUCUCCCCUUCCCCAUUAGCUCUACUUCCUUCAGUCACAUCGGCUCUUCGUCAAAACGGUUAUCUCUCUCCUCAUUCACCACCAUUCGAAAUCUUCGUCGAUGGCGGUGUGAGAAGAGCUACAGACGUCUUGAAAGCGAUCGCUUUGGGUGCAACGGCAGUCGGUAUAGGAAGACCAAUGAUCUACGCAAUGUCGACUUAUGGUACUGAAGGAGUAUCAAAAGCUUUACAGAUAUUGAAAGAUGAGUUUGAUAUGAAUAUGAGACUCAUUGGGGCUAGGACGAUAGAAGAGGUGGUCCCUAGUAUGGUAGAGACGGGAGCUUUAUUCCAGGGGAUAGGCUCGGAUACUAUGUACGAUGCGAAUUAUGAAAAGAUCUUGCCAGUGGGGGUGAAGGCGAGAUUGUGA